AUGCCCCUAUCACGUGAAAGCGCGAAUCUUGCCCAACAUUGCAUUCGACGAUCAUUGAAGCUUAUACGUGACCUCGCUACUUGCAGAGAUGGGAACUCUACAACCUCUAUCGAGGAAGGCGAGAUAACGGACGAGUAUGACACGACCUCCACCACAUUCACGACGCCGCCGACGACCUUCUCAACAUUCGCAACGCCUUUAAAGCAGUCAUACUCUAUACUAGCAGCUGGUGGUCUUCCCGAUUCGCCGCCUGAUCCAGAUGCUCUCCUUGCCGAGCUCGAGAAAUGCACCGAUCCUGCGUUUCAUCGGACCAUGGAGGUCCUGCGGAGAGGCUCCCAUUGGCCUUCUGUGUCAUUCGCCGAACUCGAUCGUCAUUCGCCUGUGUACAGUGAAGAACACGCCGCCUGCCAGUGGAAACCUGCACUCGAUGGCGGUUCCUUGGGCGCAAAGUGGGUUGAGACCCCAGCUUCAAAACAUUUGCUUGGUUCUUUCGGCGACGACGACCAUGGCCUGGCCUCAUCGAACAUCAUUGCUGAGCCCAUGACUUCUCCCUGGAAACUCAGGAAAGGUAUCUCUGGUGACCGAAGAACAGAACAGAUCCAGCCAGAUUCUCAUGAGGUUUCUCCGCCAACGAUGUCUAUCGAUGAGCUACUGAGCGAAGAGUACGUCUCAGAGGCUGCAGAGUUGGGAAUGCCCCGAUUCCCGGAAGAAGAUACAUUUGUCCUCUGUGCUCCCCGGAACAAACGCGACGACGAGACUGAAUUCUCGUUCACAUUGGACCCUGAGCAGUACGCACGUACGCAGCUUUGGGCGUCGCGUAAAAAUGGGCCUGUGAACGUGGACGGCGCGUUGUGCAUUUCGCUGGGAUGCUAUCGCCAGAGCACUUUCAUCGAGCUGAUGAACCUUGGGACACACAUAUGGAAAGAUCUCAACAAUCUCACCAAUCGUAUGACGUGCGAGUGGCCAACCGAGCCCGCUUACGUGCAGGCGUUAUUGCCGUCGAAGUGCACGAAUAUACCCAUCUGUUUGCCCGGAUUCGACAUUGUCGUACGUGUUGACCCAUCGCUUCGCACGCCCGAAGGCUGUAUCGACAUCACCGAGCACGCGCGUGCCGGGGUGAACAACCUCACCAUCGUCAAGCAGGGGCCCGUUGAGAGCCGCGAUGAUUUUCUCCUGAUCGUGCACGCGCAUCGCCCCACGGAACUGCAGCUUCAGCAGCUAGGCAAGCGCGCAAGGGUCCACAGCGGUUUCGCUCGCUUGAUGACUGACAUCCGCACUCAGUACAGUACGAUCCCAGCUGAGUAUCUCGCCCUAUAG